AGCACGAUAAAUCCAAUUGACAAAGUCAAAUAAACGAUAUUAUUAGUGCUUUAAAAAUAUCUUAUCACUUUAUCUUAUUUUUAACCAUAAAUGAAGAGAAAUUAAUGCCUAGAAUUAGAAAGAAAAAAAUUAAUCUGACUACGAGCAAUUUUAAUACCAAACAAUCUCUAUAUAACAAACAAUAAAUGAAAGGAAGGUUAUUUAGUUAACAAACAAUUAAUUUUUAUAAAGCAAUAACUAGCUUUUACAUUUAUAUCACUUUUAAAAACACUUUUCUGCAAAAUAAACCGCUAAUUCUUGAAAACUGCGGCAGACAUUAUUUACACAGUAAGAGUUAAGUGCUAUUUCUUGACAUUGCUGACGAAGCAAUGUCAAGAAAUAGCAUUAACAAAUUAUAUAAAAAGGGCCGACAUAUUUUCUUAUAUUGUUAGGUUCGUUUUAAUUGCAAUUAUUCUGUUACAUCGCACAAAUUCACAUUAACACAGGACAUAACCAAAUCCAAUGUAGUUAUAAGUUCCCCUUGACAUAAUUCAAACGAAACAGAUAAUGGUAUCUUUACAGCAUGACGUCAUAAACGGCAACCAAUAAGAACAGGGGUGGUGGCUGGGGCCAGGCGCUUGUCCAGUGGGUAGAUCUGAAACCUUUCUUUUAUCUGUGAAUCUGGCAACCCGGAUUUGUUUGAAUGUUGCGAUCGCGAAUAAGCAGCAUUUAAUUAACGCAAAAGCAAUAUUGAAUGUUUCAUUUUCAUUUGUUUGACAUAUAUGUUCAUUUUUAAGAGAAGAAACGAAUACUAUAUUACAGUUUCUAGAAGCAGUUGUUCGCAUUGUGUUCAACACUGUAAAAAACUAAUUUGAAAUAAGUAAGGAAGUUCCCCAUAUUAUGCGCUUUCACUAGCGUUACGUUUCAGACGAAAAAAAAAAAAAAAAAAAAAAAAAAGAAGUAUGUAAUUGAAUAAAAUACUAAUUUACAAAUACGUUAGAUAACUUGUUUGAAGCAUGUGAUAUUUGCACCAAGUCAACAACAACAAAAAAACCCUAAACAGACCAGAAGAAAAAACAUUAUUAAAUACUGUAUGUGUCGAGUCGUUUGCACUAAAAGUUAGUUUCUUACUCUCAGGCAACAAAACAUAUAUGUAGCAAAGCAUAUGGGCUUACUUACAAAUUAUGCUUAUCGUCAUUAAUGAGAAGUUCAUAUAAAUGUGACAUAUGUACCAAGGGUUGCACUGAAGGAAGGCCUUGAUUGCACAUAUGCUUACCAUACGAAUGAGAAUUCAUAUAAAUGUGACAUUUGUGACAAGGCUUUUGCCCUGAAGCAAGGCUUGAUUGCUCAUUUGCAUAUCCAUACUAAUGAGAAGUCAUAUAAAUGUGAUAUAUGUACUAAGGCUUCUACACCAAGGCAAGACUUGAUUGCACAUAUGUAUCCUCAUACUAAUGAAAAAUCAUAUAAAUGUGACAUAUGUACCAAGACUUUUGCAGUGAAACGAGGUUUGAUCUCACAUAUGUGUACCCAUACAAAUGAAAAGCCAUAUAGAUGUAGUCAAUGUUCCAAGUCGUAUAAAUGGCAUGGUUCUCUUAAACAACAUAUGCGCGUCCACACAAAUGAGAAGCCAUAUAAAUGUGGUGAAUGUACUAAGUCAUUUUCACGAUUGAGUAUUUUCAAGCAACAUAUCCUUAUUCAUACCAAUGAAAGACCAUACACAUGUGAUAGAUGUAGCAAGUCAUUUCGACAAACUGGUGAUCUCAAAAAACAUAUGCGGAUACACACGGGAGAGAGACCAUAUCAAUGCACAACAUGUUGCAAAUCAUUUGUAUUAAAAAGUAACUUAAUGGCACAUAUGCAUACACAUACAAGCGAGAGACUGUAUGAAUGUGCUAUAUGCUGUAAAUUAUUUAAGCAGAAGAAUAACUUAAAGAGACAUAUGCUUACACACACUGGAGAGAAACCUUAUACAUGUGACAUAUGUUGCAGAUCUUUUGUACUCAAAGAAACCUUGCAGAAUCAUAUGCGUAUCCACACAGGAGAGAAGCCAUAUGAAUGUAGUGUAUGUCACAUGACAUUUGGGAAGAAGUGUAAUUUAACAGCACAUAUGAAUAUUCAUACAGGAGAGAAACCAUUUGAAUGUGGUGUAUGUCAGAAGAAAUUUAGUAAGAAGUUUAAUUUAAAAGCACAUAUGCAUAUCCACUCGGGUGAAAAUCACAUUGAUACGAUAUGUGUACCAAGUCUUUUACAUUAAAGCAAGCCUUGUUUUUGCUUACAGGUAUCCACACAAAUCAGAAACUGGAAGAAUGUGAUGUAUAUUCUUCAUCGUUUGCAUAUAGGUGUAGCUUAAAACACACAUAUGCCAUUGCAUGCUGGACAGAAAUCACAUGUAUGAACUAUGCUCGAUAUCUUUCAUAUGCAUACCUGGCUUAAAAAGUCAUGUGCAUUCAUACAGGGCACAGAUUACAUAAAUGUGGUGUAUGUUUCCUAAGUGAUUUGUGAGGAAGUAUCAUUUAAAGACAUAACAUGUAUAUGCAUACAGGCAGGGGCGUAGCUAGAGGGGGGCAAGGGGGGAUCUGUCCCCAGGCGCAGAAUCCAAGGGGCGCCAAACUGAUGUUACGACAUUUUAGAAUUAUAUGUUUUCCAUCCUUGGCAAGCAGUAAGGGGCGUGAAAUCUUCAUUUGUCCCUGGGUGCUGAAAACCCUAGCUACGACUCUGCAUACAGGAGAGAAUCCACAUGGAUGUGGUGUAUGCGUGAAGUCAUAUGCAUUGAAAAAUCAGUUGAUGAAACAUAUGUGUUUCGGUAUUGGUAGAAGACCAUGUGUAUGUGACAUAUGCUGCAAAACAUUUGUUUGCAGGACUAGCUUAAGCAUGCAUUCGCAUUACACAUAGAUGAGAAAUCACAUGAGAACAAAUCAAUCAGUUAUUUGUGUUUAAAGAUCUUUUUGAACAAUUAUAUGUUUAUUCAUACUGCUUAAAAACUGUCUAAUUAAUUUUAAAAAAAUGAAAAAUUUAUCACCUUGGACAACUAGAUUUUUAGGCUCUGUUUACCAUCUAAGCUAACAAAGUGCUACCCCAAAAUCUCAUUCCUUAGUGGCCACAAAAUCAUGCUUAUGUAAUUCCUAAUCCCAUUCUCCCCUUUAUGAGAAGAAAAGUGGAUCAUGGGGGCCUCUAAAACCCAAAUCUUAGAUUCUAUUAAAUGAGCCUUGGUAAUUUUAUUAAAAUUCUAUUUAAUAUGCAAUAACAAAUUGAUGAGAUUAAAGGUAUUUCAUAUGACCACACUAAACUCAUAAAUAGCCCUAACUGUAAUUUGGUGAUAAUUAUAAUAAUCAAAAGAACUCCAAUUCUAAAUUAGCAUUCAUACAAAACUUUAAUUUUAACAACUUUUAAAGUAGAAUUUUAGAGCCAGUGACAAAAUAGUAAGUUGAGAAAUUUGCAUAUAAAAUGGAAUUAUAAUCAUACUUCAGCACCAUGUUAUGAAAACUCUUUAAAAAAUAAUAGUAAUUAAAACUUACCUUCAUGUAAACAAAUUUCAUGCAUUUAAAGAGUGAAUAAAGUAAAUCUUUUUUAAGUGUAAAUCCUUAAAAAAAAAAAAAAAAAAUCUGAAAGGUUUCAGAUUUUAAAAACAUUUUGUGUGUUACAUUUAUUUAUUAAAUAACACGUUCUUUGCACUUAAACCAUAAAGUUCAGUUCAACAGC